AUGUCCGCCGACGUAACAGAAGCCUCUCCAUCCAGCCCCCUCAAGACUCGACGACAGAGCUCUAGCAAACCCGCCGUAGCUGGUCUUCUAUCGGCAAAGGAAUUUGAAGCUCAGGAUCCAAAAGUCGAACUGAAAUUGAUUAAGGAUGCCGCCAAAAUCAACUGGAAGAUGAACACCCACCCGAAAGACUACCCUGAACAGGACCUUCUCAAGAAACUAUUCACCACUCCGCCGCUGAAGUCUAUUGAGCUUCUCUUCCCUCAGACUGGUCUGACAAUCACCGCAAGAAACCUCAAAGGCGUCACCUUCCAGGAUGUUUUCGAUGCAAUCUACAAGCACAACAAGAAGCGAGCGGACGACGAACUUUCGGAACCAUACCUUGCCGGUUUCUACGUUGACGAAGACGACCUCGGCCAUGCAAUCAUAAGAGUAGGUGCUGGCAAGGAAGGUGCACCAAUUGGCAAGAAGAAGAAGGGUGGUGACUAA